UAUAUUGGCUAGGCUGGUCUCAAACUCCUGACCUCAGGUGAUCCACCUGCCUCAGCCUCCCAGAGUACUGGGAUUACAGGUGUUAGCCACCGCGCCCAGCCAAAUAACCACUUUUGUAGACCUUUGCUACUCAAAUUGUCACCUGAAGACCAGCAGCAUUGGCAUCACCUGGGAGAUUUAUCAGAACUACAAGCUCACUGAAUCAAACUCUACUCUUUGACAAUGCUACCAGGUGACUUUGUGGACACACUAAGGUUUGAGAAGCAUUACUCCAGACCCUGCUCCAUGUGUGUGUCUUGGCAUCUAAUGUUGCCAAGAAGAAGUCUGAGGCAGCCUGAUUUUGCUUCCUUUUCAGUCUGGAAAUUUGCAGAACUUUAAAUCUUAAAUUUUUGUAAUUUCACUAGGAUAUGUCUUGUUGCUGGUUUUUCCCCAUUAAAAUUUCCUAGAAUUUAGAGAGCACUUUCAGCCUGCAGAUUCUCCUCCCCGAUGAAUGGCUUUUUCCUUCAAGCUUGUCGUAUCAGGAUUAGAACUAGGGUUAGAUUUAAGGACACAACCCAUUUUAAGAUUAUGUUGUCUUUCUAGUAUGUAUAUAUUUUUUAAAUUGAGGUAUCACUGACAUACAAUAAGCCAUGCAUAAAGUGUAAAAUUUGAUAAGUUUUGCCAUAUUAUUUUUUUUGGUGUGAUGUCUUUCACACCACAGAAUUAUUUUGAGAUUCACCCAUGUUGUUGCAUAUAUAUCAGUAGUUCAUUCCUUGUUAUUACUGAGUAGUAUUCCACUGUAUGGAUAUGCCACAAUUUAACUCAAAUGAUGGCCAUUUGAAUUGUUUCCAGUUUUUGGCUAUUAUAAGUAAAGCUGUUAUGAAAAUUUGUAUGCAAGUCUUUGUAAUGUAAGGACAUAUGUUUUCAUUUCUCUUGGGUAAAUAACAAGAGUGAAAUGGCUAGAUAAUAACGUAGGUGUAUAUUUAAUUUUUAAAGAAUCUUCAAAGUUUUUCCAAAGAGACUGUGCCAUUGUUCAUUUCCAUCAGUAUUGUAUGGGUUCCACUUCUGAUACAUCUUUGCCUACACUUGAUGUUGUCUCUACUUUUAGCUUUUCUAAUAAGUGUGUAAUACUGUUUCAUUGCGGUUUUAAUUUGCAUUUCUCUAAUGACUAACAAUGUUGAGCAUCUUUUCAAAUAUUUAAUUGCUUUCCAUAUAUCUUCUUUGGUGAAGUAUCUGUUCAAAUCUUUUGCCUAUUUUUAAAAAUUGGUUUAUUUUCUUAUGAGUGAGUUUUGAGAGUCCUUUAUAUAUUUUGGAAACAAGUCUUUUAUAAAAUAUUUUCAAUAUUUUCUCCCAGUCUGUGGCUUGUCUUUUCAUUCUCUAAAAGUAUCUUCUGAAAAGCGAAGAUUUAACUUUGAUUAAGUCCAAUUUAUCAUGUUUUUUUCCACUGGCUAAUACUGUUUAGAAUUUGUGGUGUAUAUGUAUGUAUAUUUAUGUGCACCCACAUAUGCAUGUUCAUUCAUGGUAAAUGUUCAUUUUAAUAGGUUUAGUGAAGGAACAGUAUGCACAUGUAUGUCCUUGUCAUGCCAUUGUUUCUGGAAAUCUAAUUAUCUAAAACAAUUGCUGUGCAUAAACUUUAAAGUAAGAAUACUAUAGAUUUUAUAAAAUGAACUGUUUCUGUGACAGUUAAAAUCUCUGUGCUAGGUGGCCCCACAGUGGCUCCCAAUGAUUCUCAUAUCCUGGCGUUCAAACCCUUGUGUAUCUCAUCCCACACUGGAUCAUGACUAAUCUGAGGAGAAUGUAUUGAGGAAAUCAUGGUGCAUGAUUUCCAAAACUAGGUCAUAAAAGCUUUGGCCUUGGCCUCUUGGAUUGCUCACUUUGGGAGAAAGCUACAUGCCAUGUUGUGAAAACCCUCACAUGGGAAGGAACUGAGGCUUCCUGCCAACAACCAGCACCCACUUGACAGCCAUGUGAGUAAACCACCUUGGAGGUGGAUCCUCCAAAUUCAGUCAAGCUUCAGAUGACUUCAGCCCCACAUGACACCUGACUGCAACCUCAGCAGAGACCCUCAACCAGUACCACCCAGCCAAGCUGCUCUUGAAUUCUGGGUCCACAGAAACUGUCAAAGAUAACAAUGUUUAUUGUUUUUAGCCACAAAGUAUUAGAGUAGUUUAUUAUCCAGCAGUAGAUACAUAAUAUACUCUCCAUGGCAGGACUUGUUUUGGAGGUGGUGGAUAAAUCUAAUUCCUGUGGAAGGAAUAACUAAAAUCUGUCUCCAGGCUGGGCCUGGACACACAUCCCAGUACAGGGCAGGAAAGGGCUCUAAGCCAAAUGUUAGUAGCCCUUUCGCUAAACUUCGAAAAUUGUCUUUAAAAAAAAAAAAGCUAUUUCCCUAAAGCACGCCACAUAUUGGAGUCCCAGCAGCACCUAUUUUUUGUCUUCAAAAAACACAAUUGGAAAGCAAAACAAUACAAACUCACGGGCACAUACUAUGUGCCAGGCACAACUGUAAAUAAUUUGCCUAUCAAUUAACUAAUUUAAUGAAUUAACCGUGAACAGCCUCAAGAGGUUGGUACCACCAUCGUAAUACCCAUUUAAUAGACAAGGAAACCGGGGCAAAGAAACUUGCUGCAGGUCACACAACCAGUAAGCGGUGCAGCUGGGUUUCUGGACCUACGUAGUCCAUACACAUUCGGCCUUCUGAGUGAUGGGUCCGACUUUCCCCACACCCACUUUUCCCACUGCAGCGCACCCACACAAUCCUGAUAGCUUUGGCGCAUGUGAAGGGCGCGAUGGUCCCUUCAUUAUCUGGAAGGACACCCAGAGUGGCAAAUGCCAGAUAAGCACGAAUAAUACCCAGGAUAGUAACCAUUCUGUGAGCUGGCCAGACGUCAUGCCCCGAAGGAGCUACCAGGUGUGGGCGCUGCAGGACCCCCGCCUGGGGUCGCCCGCUCGGGCCCGUGUUGUCUCCGGUAGUAAGGACACUGGCGCUGGCGGCUGGGGUAGGAAACCACAGAGACUGGCAACUUCCCAGGUUCCUAGAGAGGAGGGGCAUGGAAAACGCACUUCCGGCGGAGGGUCUCAAGCUUUCCCCAGUGUCGGCGGCAGGUGGAAUUUCCACGCUUUAUCUGCGCCUGCGCCGCGCGGGAUUCGCGGUGGGAGCAGAAGAGGUUCGCGGUCCGGUUUCACUUCUCCGAACCCCGAGGCAGUGUGUGAAGCUGGGACGCCAGCCAUGUUCCAGACCGCUUGGCGCCAGGAACCAGUGACCUUUGAGGAUGUGGCUGUGUACUUCACCCAGAAUGAAUGGGCCAGCCUGGACUCUGUGCAGAGGGCCCUGUACAGGGAAGUGAUGCUGGAGAAUUAUGCAAAUGUGGCUUCCCUGGCAUUUCCAUUCACCACACCUGUUCUGGUCUCCCAGCUGGAGCAAGGGGAACUGCCAUGGGGCCUCGAUCCCUGGGAACCUAUGGGCAGGGAGGCUCUCAGAGGUAUCUGUCCAGGGGAUGAGGCCAGAACUGAGAAGGAAGGAUUAACUCCAAAGGAUCAUGUGUUCAAAGAAACAGAGUCCUUCAGACUGAUGGUGGGGGAGCUGCCAGGGAAUGUUUCCCAGCACCUUGACUUUGGGAGCAGCCUAGAGCAGCCCCAAGGUCAUUGGAUAAUUAAGACAAAGUCAAAGAGGAGACAUUUCACAGAUACCUCAGCCAGGCACCAUGAGGCCUAUGCAGUCAAGAAUGGAGAGAAGUUUGAGAAAUUAGGAAAAAAUAUUAGUGUCAGCACACAACUCACUACAAAUCAGACAAAUCCUAGUGGUCAGAUAUCUUAUGAAUGUGGACAAUGUGGCAGAUAUUUCAUUCGAAUGGCAGACUUCCACCGACAUCAGAAAUGUCACACUGGUGAAAAGUCUUUUGAAUGCAAAGAAUGUGGAAAAGACUUCAGAUAUAACUCAUUACUUAUUCGGCAUCAGAUAAUUCACACUGGAAAGAAACCAUUUAAAUGUAAAGAAUGUGGAAAAGGUUUAAGUUCAGACACAGCCUUGAUUCAGCAUCAGAGAAUCCACACUGGAGAAAAGCCCUAUGAAUGUAAGGAGUGCGGGAAGGCCUUCAGUAGCAGCUCUGUCUUCCUCCAGCACCAGAGGUUCCACACUGGGGAGAAGCUCUAUGAAUGUAACGAAUGUUGGAAAACUUUCAGUUGUAGCUCAAGUUUCACUGUCCAUCAGCGAAUGCACACUGGGGAGAAACCUUAUGAAUGUAAAGAGUGUGGAAAACGAUUAAGCUCCAACACAGCCUUGACUCAGCAUCAGCGAAUUCACACUGGGGAGAAGCCCUUUGAAUGUAAGGAGUGUGGGAAGGCAUUCAAUCAGAAAAUAACCCUGAUUCAGCACCAGCGAGUUCACAGUGGCGAGAAACCUUAUGAGUGUAAAGUGUGUGGUAAAACCUUCAGCUGGUGUGGAAGAUUCAUUCUGCAUCAGAAACUACACACUCAGAAGACACCUGUCCAAGCAUAGGGCUAUCCAUAGUUAGGCCCACUGUGCCUCUCCUUUUUUCUCUUUAUUUUCAUGCUUUUUAUCAGUGUCCUCGCUGUCCUUCCUGGGUAGACACUUGGCUUUCAUCAUGAAAUCUUCCUUAAGUUUUUUGAACCUGUUUCCCCAACAUGAAGUCUCUUCAUGGUUAGAGAAGACCAAAAAACAAACAAACAAACUUAGAAACAAAAGGAAAUGUAAGUUAAAGGAUAUGCUGGGUGCCCAGCAGGAUGGAUUCAGGGGAAACCUACAUUAAGGAAAAUUGCUGUGAAUUAUGAAAACACCAAGUUUGAAUAAGAGGAUCAUGGAUUAAAAAUGAGACCCUAAAAAGUUUCUAGAGAGAGAAAACAAAAGAUCAGAAAUGAAAGUGGGGCCAGGCGCAGUGGCUCGUGCCUGUAAUCGCAGCACUUUGGGAGGCCGAGGCGGGUGGAUCAUGAGGUCAGGAGUUCGAGACCAGCCUGCCCAAUAUGGUGAAACCCUGUCUCUCCUGAAAAAAAAAAAAUACAAAAAUUAGCCAGGCAUGCUGGUGCAUGCCUGUAAUCCCAGCUACUAGAGAGGCUGAGGCAGGAGAAUCACUUGAAUCCCUGAGGCAGAGGUUGCAGUGAGCCGAGAUCACACCACUGCACUCCAGCCUGGGCGACAGAGUGAGACUUUGUCUCAAAAACAAUAAAAAAUGAAAAUGGCAUUAGAUUUUUCAACAGCAACCUUCAAAGUCAGAUGACAAUGUGUAUGCCUUCAGACUUCUCAUGGAAAAUGUUUUCCCCUGCAAUUCUAUACUCCAAAGUAUAAGUAUAGAAUAAACGCAUUUCAGACCCUUUAAAUCUGAAAUCUUUAUCUCCCAUGCAUCCUUUCUCAUAUGUGCAACACUACACAAGGAGUAAACCAGUAAAUAAAAAGACAGAUAUAUGGAUUCCCUAUUGCAGUCCGUAUGUCAGAAGUCUCCUAAAUUCAAAAACGGGCCCUGUCCAUGUGGAGCCAAAUGCAUCUUGGAAGACAUUUCUAGUAGGGUGCAAACUUCCAGAGACUUAUCUCAGGUUCAGUGUCCACCCACCCUACUUAUUCUUCAGUUUGUCUUCACUAGACAGUUGUAGUCUGUGCCUUUGCAAAAGUCAGGAUGUAUAUAGUCUUUGAGUCAGGUGCAAGGCACCAUUUGUCUUAAAUUUAUUCUUAUUGCUGUUUCAAGUGACCUCAAAGCAGGCAGCAUUUUCUUGCAAUUCCAUCUAGUUAUUUUUUAUGAUCAUGGAAGAACCUACCAUUAUUGCUGUUAUCUGUGGAAAUGAGGGAAGAUGUAAAUGUGUUAGGUUUUAGCAUCCCCUCUGGCAGCCAGCUUGAUUUUGCCCAUUGCAGGAAGCAGAGAGUAGUGAUUAAUAAUACAGAGCCAGGCAGACUUUGGUUUGAGCCCACGUGUUUGUCCUUGGUUAAGUUACAAAAACUGCACUAGUUUCCUUAUCUGUAAAAUGAGGAUGACAGUUAAUCUACCUCAUAGGUUUGUGUUGGGGAUUAAAUGCAUUAAUACUUGUAGAAGUGUUUCAAACAGUGACUACAUAUAAUAAAAGUAUUACCUAUUAUUGGCCGGGCGCAGUGGCUCAUGCCUGUAAUCCCAGCACUUUGGGAGGCUGAGGUGGGCAGAUCAUGAGGUCAGGAGAUCAAGACCAUCCUGGCUAACACGCUGAAACCCUGUCUCUACUAAAAGUACAAAAAAUUAGCUGGGCGUGGUGACAUGCGCCUGUAGUCCCAGCUACUUGGGAGGCUGAGGCAGGAGCCCGGGGAGGCAGAGGUUGCAGUGAGCCAAGAUCAUGCCAUUGCACUCCAGCCUGGGCAACAGAUUGAGACUCCAUCUCAAAAAAAAAAAAAAAAUUAUUACCUAUUAUUAUAAUCCUAUUGGUAAGUUUUGACUUAUCAAUAUACUAGUGAAACAAUUAUCACAGUUCAAGAUAAUAAUCAGCCACCACCCCAAAACUUUGCUUGUACCCCUCCAUAAUCCCUUCCUCUUGGCCCUUCACAGGCAACCACUGGUUUGCUUUCUGUCACUUGGAUUAAUUUUCCUUUAUUUUUUGGUCUGGUGUCUUUCACUCAGCAUAAUUACUUUGAGAUUCACCCAUGUUGUUGCAUAUAUAUCAAUAGUUCAUUCCUUUUUAUUGCUGAGUAGUAUUCCACUGUAUGGAUAUGCCAUAAUUUGUUUAUUCAUUGACCUGUUGAUGGCCAUUUGGAUUGUUUUCAGUUUUUGGCUAUUACAAAUAAAGCUGCUAUGAACAUUUGUGUCCACAUCUUUGUAAGAAUAUAUGCUUUCAUUUAUCUUGAUACCAGGAGUGGAAUGGCUAGGUCAUUAGGUAGAUUGGUAUAGAUUAAAUGUUUUAAAUUUUUAUUAGAUUUUUAUUUUUUAGAGGUUGGUGGGGGGCAGUUCUUGCUUUGUUGUUCAGGCUGGACUCAAACUCCUGGGCUCAAGGUAUCCUCCUGCCUCAGUCCCUCUGUCCUACUCUUAGUAGCUGGGACUACAGGUAUGCACCACCAUACCCUAUUUAACUUUUUGAGAAUCUUCAAAACUGUUUUACGAAAGAGAUUGUGCCAUUGUACAUUUCCACUUGCAUUGUAUGACAGUUGUACUUCCAAUACAUCUAUGCCUACACUUGAUGUCAGUUUUUAAAAUUUUAGCUAUUCUAAUUGUUUAAUGCUAUCCCAUUGUGGUUUUAAUUUGCAUUUCUCUAAUGACUAUUGUGCUUAUUUGUGUUCCAUAUAACUUAUUUGAUGAAGUGUCUGCUCAUAUUUUUUGCCCAUGUUUUUAUUGUGUUGUUUUUGUUUUAUUAAUCUUCGAGAGGUCAUUAUUUAUUGUGGAUACAAGUCUUUUUCAGAUAUGUGAUUUUUAAAUAUUUUCUUCUAGCCUGUGGUUUGCCUUUUCAUUCUCACAACAGUGUCAUUUUUUUUUUUUUUUUUUUUUUGAGAUGGGGUCUCACUCUUACCCAGGCUGGAGUGCAGUAGCACCAUCUUGGCUUACUGCAACCUUUGCCUCCCAGGUUCAAGUGAUCCUCCCACCUCAUCCUCCCGAGUAGCUGGGAUUACAGGUGCACAUCAUGACAGUGUCUUUUAAAGAGCAGAAGACAUUAAUAUGCAUGAAAUCCAAUUUAUCAGUUUAUUUUUUAUUUUUAAAUAGAGAUGGGGGUCUCACUAUGUUGCACAGGCUGGUCUUGAACUCCUGGGCUCAAGCGAGCCUCUUGCCUUGACCUCCCAAAGUGCUGGAAUUAUAGGCGUGAGCCACUGUGUCUAGCUUGUUUUUUUUUAAUGGAUCAUGGUUUCAGUGUCAAAUCUAAGACAUCUUUGCUGUACCCACAUUUGCAAAGAUUUUUUUCCUAAAAUUUUCCCUUUAAAAGUUUUAUAGUUUUUUUGUUUGUUUGUUUGUUUUUUUGACAGAGUCUCACUCUGUUACCCAGGCUUGAGUGCAGUGGCAGGAUCUCAAUGAGUGCAGCUUCGGAGGUUGCUCACUGCAACCUCCACCUCCUAAGUUCAAGCGAUUCUCCAGCCUCAGCCUCCUGAGUAGCUGGGAUUACAGGCAUGUGCCACCAUGCCUGGCUAAUUUUUGUAUUUUUAGUAGAGAUGGGGUUUUGCCAUGUUGGCCAGGCUGGUCUCGAAAUCCUGACCUCAAGUGAUCUGUCCACCUUGGCCUCCCAAAGUGCUGGGAUUACAGGUGUGAGCCACCGCACCUGGCCAAACGUUUUAUAGUUUUAGGUUUUACAUUUAAUUCUAUCAUCUAUUGAGUUAAUUUUUGUCUGAGGCAUGGAUCCAAGUUUUUUUCUUUUUCUUCAUAUAAGUAUCCUAUUGUAGCACCAUUUUUUUUUCUUUUUUAAGAGAUGGGUCUCACUAUGUUGCACAAGCUGGAGUGCAGUGCUAUUCACAGGCAUGAUUACAGUGUACUGUACCUUUGAAUUCCUGGUCUCAAGUGAUCCUCCUGCCUCAGCCUCCUGAGUAGCUAGGACUACAAGUCUGUGCCACUAUUGCCUGGCCUGUAACACCAUUUUUUGAAAAAAGUUCCCCCACUGAAUUGCCUUUGUACCACUGUUGUGAAGCAGAAGUCCAUAUAUGUAUGGGUCUAUUUCUAGAUUCUGUUCCAUUGAUCUGUUUGUCUGUCUUGAUGCCAUUAAGGCACUGCCUUUAUUAUUAUAGUUAUCUAAUAAGUGUUGAAAUCUAAUAAGUGUUGAAGUCAUAUUCUUUGUCAAGGUGUUUUGGCCGUUAGAGGUCCUUUGCAUUUCCAUAUGAAUUUUAGAAUCAGUUUUUCAGUUUCUACAAAACACCUCCUGGGAGUUUGAUUGGGAUUGCAUUGAAUAUAAUGAUCAACUUAUGGAGAAUUGACAAAUAUAUAGAGUCUUUUGACCCAUGGACAUGGUAGAUCUCCCCAUUUAUUUAGAUAUUUAUUAAUUUCCUUCAACAAUGUUUUGUAAUUUUUACUGUGCAGAGCUUUCACACUUUUCCUCAGAUGCAUCUAAAAAUUUCAUCUUUUUCAUGCGUAAGUACUUAAUAACUUAUGAUACUUGUAAUAAUAAACAGUAAAUUUCCAGUUUUUGCUGA